CCGGGCGGCCGCCACUUCCGGCGGCGCGGGCCCGCGGAGGCGGCGAUCCCGGCAGGCGGGCGGGACGCGCUGGCGGGGGCGGCCGGCUGGAGCCGCCGUGCCCCUCCUCGCCUGCCGGACAGCUUUUAGACAGAGAACACACAGGAGAAAAGCAGGCAGAAGACAACAAUAGCCCCGAAUGCAGCGAGCCAGGAACCAUGGAUCUGAAAUUCACUUCAUCAAGAAAAUACAUUUCCAUCAGUGUACCCUCCAAAUCUCAAGCUAUGUCUCCCCAUAUCAAAUCAGUAGAUGAUGUUGUAGUUCUUGGCAUGAAUCUCAGCAAAUUUAGCAAACCUACUCAAUUUUUUAUCUGUGUUUCUGGAGUUUUUAUGUUUUAUCUAAUCUAUGGAUAUUUACAGGAAUUGAUAUUUUCAGUGGAAGGUUUUAAACCUUUUGGUUGGUACCUCACUUUAGUGCAAUUUGGAUUUUAUUCCAUUUUUGGACUAAUAGAAUUGCAGUUGAUUCAGGACAAAAGAAGAAGAAUUCCUGGCAAAACCUACAUGAUAAUAGCAUUUUUGACAGUGGGAACUAUGGGUUUGUCAAAUACCUCUUUAGGAUAUCUGAAUUACCCUACUCAAGUCAUCUUCAAGUGCUGUAAACUGAUUCCAGUUAUGAUAGGUGGGGUUUUUAUACAAGGAAAACGUUACAAUAUUGUAGAUGUGUCUGCUGCCUUGUGUAUGAGCCUUGGAUUAAUAUGGUUUACUUUAGCUGACAGCACAGUUGCACCAAACUUCAACUUGACAGGUGUGAUCCUAAUAUCCCUUGCCCUCUGUGCAGAUGCAGUUAUAGGAAAUGUACAGGAAAAAGCUAUGAAGUUGCACAAUGGUUCUAAUUCAGAAAUGGUUUUGUAUUCCUAUUCAAUAGGUUUUGUGUAUAUUUUAUUUGGAUUAACAUGCACUAGUGGAUUAAGCCCUGCAGUAACAUUUUGCUCAAAGCAUCCAGUUCAGACUUAUGGUUAUGCAUUCCUUUUCUCCCUGACUGGAUAUUUUGGCAUAUCCUUUGUUCUAGCUUUGAUUAAAAUCUUUGGUGCCCUUCUCGCUGUAACAGUAACAACAGGAAGAAAAGCAAUGUCCAUUGUGCUUUCUUUUUUGUUCUUUGCAAAGCCAUUCACGUUACAGUACGUGUGGUCAGGCUUACUGGUUGUCCUUGGUAUAUUUCUUAAUGUUUACAGUAAGAAUAUGGACAAAAUCAAACUGCCUUCACUGCUUGGUCUUUGGAAAAAAAGUGUGGAAGAAAGAAAAUCAAGGACGUUGUCACAAACUGUAUAAACAGUGGUUCAUGCCUUGUCUAGACUUUGACUUACUAUUUCAUCAUACAGUCUUCAACUGAUUCACUUUCCAAAGGGAAUGUUAUUUAAACCAAAGGAGCUGAAGGCAUAUUGUCUGCUUGCAGAUUGCUAUAAGUGCACACUUUCAUGAGCCCUUUCUUCAGAGCACUUGAAUUCAUCACAAACGGUGUUGUAGGCCAUUGCCAGAUGGUUUUAUCAGCAAUGAAGGACAGCAGCUCCUGGCAAACUGCUGAGAAGCUGCACUCAAGUGAGACACGGUAGAAGACUGGUUUGGGCAUUUUAAUAAUAUUGACCAUGUGACUGAUCUGAAAUUAGUGGUUCUUUGUUAAUUGUCUAGGUGGGGUAAUUUAAAUGUAAUACUGUACUAAUCACCAACUGGUUGACCAAAUCGUGAAUUCAAAGGUGGAAGGUUUAGAAUACAGUAUGUUUUCACUCUUUUAUAUUUUAAAUAAAAAUGUUGGGGUUUGUUUAAGUUAUUUUUUAGGUCAUCACAGAACUUGAUAUUUAUUUUAAUAAUUGAAAUUUUAUUGAAAUCCUAGUGUUUCUCUUUUUGUAGUAUUGCUUGCAAGUCACAAAACUGAGAUUGAGUUUGUGCAGUCAACACUCAUGCUCAUGCUAGGAGGAAAUGGGCUUUUAAGCUUGAAUGGGGUGAGAUGGAAACAUUGGUGUAAGAAACUGUUAUUUGCUUAAUCUGUGGUCAAAUACAUCAUUUUUAGUGGCCUGUGGCCGUCUCUCUGAUCGUGGUAUAAAGAGACAUAGAAGUUCUUAAAUUUAUAUCAUCAAAUCAAAAUUCUUCAAUUUCAGUAUUGGGGUAAAUAAUAACAGCAUCAGCUAAUGUGAUUGGAAUAUGUAUUAUGUCAGUCUGUGUGGUCUUCUGAUGAAGUUAAGAGGAUUAGGAUACAGAUUAGUUUUCUUUCUUCAGUGACAGGAGGAGACAAUGUGCUACCAGUCUGUCUUUUUCAUCAUGAAUUUAGGAAGACUAAGUCCCUUUAUCUCUCUUUCUUUUAUAGUCAACUUUCUUUUGAAUCACUUGCCAUCUCUUUCAUUUUAUAUAUUUAACAACAGCACUUUAAAAAUACUAAUCACCUUACAAAUCAUUGUUCUUACAUGGUCAUGGUUUUUUUGUUAUUGUGUCCCUUAGAUGCAUCUUGGUGUGUGUUUCUUUCAACUUAGACACAAAUUAAUUAGAAUUAAUUAGAAUUAAUAGAAAUACAUAGUCAGAAAGGACAUACUGAGAAUUAAAAAAUCUCACAGGAUGGCCUUCUGUCAAAAAUACUAGUUGAUGAAAGUAUUAGAGAUAUACAAAAUGUUUUUCAGACACUUAAGAAGAAUUGCUGUUCAAAGGAGCUUGUAGUCAAAGCACAGACACAAAAUGUGCCUUAAAUUUUUCUUAUUUAUUUGGUAGCUUGCAUCUGCCAUGUUAAAUAUCUUAUGGAAUAGAGCAUGGAGUAACAGCCAGCUGAGCACAAAUGGAUGAACAAGAGAAGAGCUGUGCUGACAUAACUGCACUGUUCCAGUGCUGACACUUCUCUGGGGUGUCAGCAAAGCUUCUCAACACAUAUAAACCCACUGUUGCCAAAUCAGGAGAAUUUAUUGCAUGGAAGAGUUUUGGGUUUUAAAUUCCCAGCUGCUGCAUGAUUGUGUCCUGGAUGAGGUAGAGAAGUGAGAAUUUGAUGGACAGAUACACCUUGAGGGAGACAGAUGGCCUGCCAUGGCUGUCCAUUUUCAUGUUGCAGCCCAAGUAUUAUGGUAAGAUAUAAUAAAGCAUUCCAAUUUCAAAUUUGGUGUAAGAGUGCAUUUGACCAAGUCAAGGGGAUUGAUACACUUCUUUCCCUGUAAUAUUUAUCAACUCUUACAUUCCUUUGCAUUCUUUUCACUAAAUGAAGUUGGUCUUUCCAGUGAGGUUAAGAUAAUUUUACAAUCCUCAUUCUGCCAGCCGUAAACUCUGCCUGCUGCUAAACUUUAUUAACCUUUAGAAAAACAAAUUAUGUGAAAGCUACAAUAUAUGCAGAAAGUCAUAGUAAAUAUAAUUCAUUUGGCAUCUGUUUUAUUUAAAUAGAUGAGAAGUCACUCACAAAGUUUCUGACUAGAAUUCAAAUGUAGUAUGUAUGUUUCUGGACAGCUAAUAUAAUCCAGUUUUGUCUCUGUUGUCUCUCUUUGAAGAGAAUAGUAAUCACAAUAAUUCACCUUUUAAUUUAUUUUCUAUUGUACACAGGGCUGAGCUUAUGAGCUAUCGUUAGGGGAAGUUUUGAUUUAUUUUUUUAUUGUUUUCUUAACUGUAGAAGUGUGUGUUUUGUUUUACUGGUGUACUUCAAAAUUAUUUUUAUAUACAAAUGGAUAUUGUAGGUUUACUGUUAAUAGCAUAGAUUUAAGAGUUAGCCCUUUAUUUUCAUAGGUACGAGUCUAGUACUUGCCAAUCAACAAUAUGCGUGUUAAAGAAAAUGCACACACAAGUGAGAUUAGUUUAUAAUUUGCCACACAUCAUGGUCUGUGCAGUUUGAUGCCUUCUUUAAGAAAAACUUCAUUUCAGUGAAUUACUGUUUGUGGGUUUUUUUUAUAAGCUUCAUAGUGCAUGCAAGCUAGAAAACCUUACAAACCUACAAGUGUUCUUACUACAAAAUUUUGGGAUUGAGUCUUCUGUACUGUGUAUGUAUGUUGGUUUUGUGUUGUCUAUGAAAUAUGAAUAAGGGCUUGUCCACAAAGUACCUGUAAAUUAUUUAUUUUUUGUGUAAGAGCACUUAUAUUGGGGUAUUGGUUAACCCUUCCCAGUGUUGAAGGCUGGUCAUAGUUACUGUUGCAUUUUAUACUUGUUGUUUCCUGGGCUCUGCAGUAGGCAUGGUGAAACUAUAGGAAAAAGCCAAUCAAUUAUCUCACCAGAAAAUUUGUUACCUAAAUAUAAUGUGAAUUAGUUGCUUUUUAUUCUUGUGCUACACAACUUUGUCCUCUCUAUAAAAAAAUUCUAUGAUGUAGGAAUUAGUAAUAACAACAUUGAAAUUCUGAGUAAAAUUUAAGUCUGACCAGCAUCUCCUCUGAUGUCAGGAAUCUACUUCUGUGAUACCUGCUUCUGCCUCCUUUGGAUAGGUGAGGGAGCUCUGUUUUUCUAAAUGAACGUGCAUUUGCAGUUGCUUUCAUAUUACAUUUUUGCAUUUUUCUGGCACACUUCAGUAAUGAGGUAACUGACUGAGCAGUGGAUUUCUUCAGUGUUUCAGUACUUCAGUAUCAGCAGAGCUGCUGAUUACACAGGUACCUGUAUGGGAAUACAAGUCUGGAAGAACUAAUGCCCUUCCCUCCAAACCUACAGUGUUUCCUGAUCUUGCAUUAAAUUGUUUGUCUUCAUCUUGUUUUACCUCUCCUGUGCUUUGAACUUACCAAACUUUUCAAGCUAAAGCUUGGGCUUUAUAUCAUUCCUACUUGACUUUCUUACUUGUAUUUCUUGCUUUUGCAUGUGAAAUCCUUUUUUAACAUGUUCUGUUUAUGCACUGUGGAUUGUUUCAGGUUUGUAUUCCUGUAUUUAAGGGCUUACAUCACACUUAAUCACACUGCGAUUACUUUAAAUCCUUUAUUCUCCAUGAAAAAAUCUUUCAUACUUCUCAUUAUUUUUGGAAAGGUCUUGCUGAGUGCACAUAUGAGUUAACUCCUUGACCUCAUUCCAUCUUCCAAGAAAAUCUCUCUUCUCCUUUGCCUGCCUGUGAGAACUAGAGGAAGAGGAAAUAAAUUAUUUCAAGUGCUCUUUUUUUCCCUUUAAUAAGUGCCUUCCUUACUUAACCUGGUAUGUCUUAAUUGUUUCUUUUAUUUCUGCCUCCCAUGCUCCCAGGCACAAACAAGCCCCUCUCAUGUUUGACUGCUGCUUGUUCAAUCAUGGAAACUUUUUGAGUUGUUUACUGUUCUGAAAAGAAGUAUAAAAUUGCAUGUAUACUCUGGAGGGCAGGAAAUAAUAAGUAAACUUCACAAGUUAAGGAAGUAAUUAAAUGGAUUAAUACUUUUUUUCUGGAGGGAUUUUUUUAUAUGGUUUAGUUAAUAGCUCAGAAUUUUUUAGUGGAGGGGGUUUUCUUUUACAUUUUACCUGUUUAAAAGUCUUUAUUGUUGGAGAUUUUUUCAGAGAUGGCCUAGAAGGCAGCUGUGAGGAGCAGGUUCUCACAGCCUGCUUCUGUAAACAGCAGAGGUUCUCAGGUUAUUUUUAAUUACAAGUAAAGGUGACAAACAUGAAGGCCUUGAGAGCCUUGCACAUCAGAGUUCUCAGGCAGCUUUCUCAUAACAAGUGGAUGUUCUAUCUUUGGCUGUUUUGGGAAAGCAAGAAUAAUUUUGAGAACACAAAUCUUGGUAUUGGAAACAUAAGGAGGGGUUGGUAUGUUAUCUCUGACCUGUUGUGAGCUCAGAUUUUGCAAUAUGCGUGAAGUGAAUUAACACUGUUAUAAAAAGUGCCUGAUUGAUGAAAAAGUGGAGUCGAUGGCUGACCAAUGCAAGGUGGGUCGUCUCCCUCCAACUUCAAUACUUUAUAUUAAUUCUAAUAUUUAAUAUAAAACUCCUGAUGUUUCAGCUUUUAGAGAUUAAUUUCAGUCUUGCCUAUGAGGCAGGAAAACCCUAUCACCAUUUCAGAGAUGUAGCAUAAAUGGUAUCUUGCCCAAAGUUGCCUUGGUAAGUCUGAUGAGCAAGGAAUAGGGGGUUAAUACCCUAAGUCCAGUGUGCCCCAAGUCCAGCAGAGCCCAUCUGUACUUUAAAUGAAAUGGUACCAAUGAAAAGUCAAUUUUCUUUUACCCCCAGUACUAGAGAUGUUCAAUUGUUUCUUUUCCUUGUUCUGUACAAGUACAAUUUAAAGGGAAAAUAAGGCAGCCAUAAAAUAGCUUUUUCUGCAUUUUAUUUGAAGUUUUUUGCAUUGUCAUUUUUUGUUGAUUUGUUGUUUUCUGUGAGCACCUCUGUGGAAGCAAGCUGGACACAGUAGUAGAUUUAGGAGAAGCAUAAUAUCCUUCACUUUAAGGUGACUGGUUCACUUUGCUACUAGUCAAAAGCUGCUGCCAUGGAAAAACUAUGAGGAAUUGUCAUCACAUGAGGAAUUAAGCAUAAUGAUGCAUUGUGGGGUCUGUAUCACUUUUGCCAUUCUCUUGUAGAGAAGCAAAGACUAUUGCAAUAAAGAAUAUUCAUGCACAAA